ACUACCACCACUACGGUGCACCGCAUUUUUUCAAUUUCACCACUGAACAAAAUUUCAAAGUGGUCUUUGCGUCGUCGUCGGUCAGGGAAGAUGAAUAUCGUGAGAUCCGGUUCUCGUUCCGUCAAUCAGUUGAGGCCCCUCAAAAACCUCACCCUCCUCCUUCAAUCGCCGGCGAUUGCCACCACCCGCGCUAUCUCCACCGUUCCCCCCUCCAUCCUCAACCGCUCCUCCCUCCUCUCCAACCACCUCUCUCCCCGCCAACUCUCUCCUCUUCCUCCUGCUCUCUCCGUUGCCUCUGUCCGCCACUUCCGCAACAGUCGCGACCCAGCCACCCGGUUUGAGAUUUCGCCGCCCGUCAAUUGGGGAAUUCGAAUCGUACCUGAGAGGAAGGCCUUUGUGGUUGAGCGUUUCGGAAAGUAUGUCAAGACCUUAACUCCUGGAAUCCACUUCUUGAUUCCCUUCGUGGAUCGAAUUGCCUACGUUCAUUCCCUCAAGGAAGAGGCCAUUCCAGUUCCCGACCAGUCUGCUAUUACCAAGGACAAUGUCAGCAUCCUCAUUGAUGGUGUUCUCUACGUCAAGAUUGUUGACCCUAAGUUGGCCUCCUAUGGAGUUGAGAAUCCUAUAUAUUCUGUCCUUCAACUUGCCCAGACAACCAUGCGUAGCGAGCUUGGCAAGAUCACUCUGGACAAGACUUUCGAGGAGAGAGAUGCUCUGAACGAGAAGAUUGUGAUAGCCAUAAAUGAGGCUGCCAAGGAUUGGGGUUUGAAAUGUCUGCGUUAUGAAAUAAGGGACAUAUCUCCUCCUCGUGGAGUGAGGGCAGCUAUGGAAAUGCAAGCAGAGGCAGAAAGGAAGAAGAGGGCUCAAAUCCUAGAGUCGGAAGGAGAAAGGCAGGCAAACAUAAAUAUUGCAGAUGGGAGAAAGAGUUCCGUGAUACUUGCUUCAGAAGGGGCAAAGGUUUCCGUGAUACUUGCUUCGGAAGGGGCAAAGAUGGACCAGGUUAAUAGAGCUCAAGGUGAAGCUGAAGCCAUUCUUGCUAAAGCAAAGGCAACCGCAGAAGGAAUUGCAAUGGUGUCACGAUCUCUUAAGGAGCAUGGAGGAGUUGAGGCUGCAAGUCUGAGAGUCGCAGAGCAAUAUAUCCAAGCGUUUGGUAACAUUGCAAAGGAGGGGACAACACUAUUACUUCCAGCAAGUGCUUCUAAUCCUGCCAACAUGAUGGCUCAAGUAAUGAGCAUAUAUAAGAACCUUGUUAAGAAGAGUCCUACUGAUGAGCUUCCAGAGAUUUCAGAAUCUGUAGCACUACCUGAAUCAUCUCCAAAGGAAUCUUCUCUACCUGAAUCACCUCGAAAGGAAAAGGAUGAGAACUCUCAGGCUGCUGAAAACCACUCUGGUGAAUCUGCUUUCAGUCUGCAAAACACCAAGAAACGUAGUUAGGUGGUAACACUUUGAGGAUUUACCACGCGUUGUGGGUUUCCAACCGUUAAAUUCUUUUUGUUAGCUGUGAAGGCGACAGAGGGUAUUAGAGAAAAGUGCAGAGUUUCAUAUUUUAUGGGGUGUGUUUUCUUCUUAGGGAUAAAUGAAAAUUGAGAAUAGGAACAAGCAGUUAUUAACGUGACUUCUUGGAGUAUUGACAUGACUCGAAACUUUUUCGUAUAUGGUAUUUUGCAAUUGUUGCAAUUCC